GCCCAACCCAACAAUGCGACUUCCAAGACUCAGCGAAGGGUGUGUCAUUUAUUUGACAAGAUUGUCACGUUAUGGGAAUAGUCUACACAGUCGACUUAAAAUUAAGAUUCUUAGCAACCAUGAAAUACGGAUUGCCGCACAACUGCUGGUAAAGCAUAUACCAAAAAGUUUAAAGGUAUAUGGAUUUCUGUUCGCUCUGAACAGAACCGAAGGGAGUAGACCUCCGACGGUGAUCUCAGUGGACGCCUGGCCGGAGCUGAACGUCAUCGUCAGCCGUACCCAAACCGAGAACAAGAGAGAUCCAAAGGAACGGGUUUUAUUUUUCAGCAAGGAUGAGCAGAUUUUAUCGACUAUUUUAAAGGAACAUGACGUCGUUGACUGGACUGCUUCUCUCAGUUUUGCAGAUUCCAGAUCCAAUCUUAGAACAACUCAGGUCACAGUCAAUGUCAAUGUUCGGCUUUCUUUCUCCUACAGGAAUAGACAACACUUAUUCUCCACUGUUGAAAGACAUAUCCUCUCAAAGAGGCAGCAGCUUCAGGAGCCUAUGCCAUGCGCAUGUAUUACAUUUGACAGAACAGAACACAGUGAGGAUCACUUUAAGAUUUCCUCUUUGAACGACUCCAACGUUGAGUUGGUCAACAAAACUUGGAAGUUCGGAGGGCAUGAGGAUGUAGGCAGACACAUCAAAAAGAUGAUUGGCAACUUUCCCUCAUGUUGCAUCAUCGAUGAAUAUGGACAACCCGUUUCCUGGAUUAUACUGGAUGAUUUCUGUACCAUGGGCGGCAUGCUUCACACGCUACCAGCACACAGGGGCAAGGGCUACGCCAAAGCCUUGGUGAGCUGCAUGGCCCGGAAACUCCAUGCGCAGGGCUUUCCAGUGUACUGCUUUGUGGAGGAGGAGAACGCAGUGUCCUACAAGCUCUUCACGAACCUGGGCUUUGUUGAAGAUCCGUCAUACAGGGCUGCCUGGUGGGAUUGCAACUUCUGAGGAUUUCAAUUGUGUGCUUUUUUUUUGUAUUCUCGAAUUGCUUUGAAUCAUUUCAAUUAUUUAAUAUAUGGAUUAAGUUGGGUUUCAGAUACAGCCAUCAAUGGGUUUACAUUUGACAAAGCAUAGCAUUUAUCGAGGGCACAUGGUCGACGGCCAUGUGAAUUACACUCUGGAAUCCAGGCAUCAAGAGGGUCUGUAGAGGAAGACACACUUUAUAACGGCAUGUCAGAGAUUGACAUUGCUUCUUGUAUACAUAAAAUACCAAAGCUUGAAUAAAAUGGCAUUCACUGGCAUGAAAUAUUUCAGUUUUAAAUUUGAAAUAAUAAAAAUAAAAAGGCAUUGAAAACAUUUGGUUAAACAAACGUUUAAUAUUGAUGAAAAUAUUGGCCUUUAUAUAAAAAAAAUCUUCUCAUGAAUAAAAUACAACUACAUGUAGUAAUCUCAUCAUGUUCAAUUCCCUGUACCCAAAAAUAUCCAUUUGGUUAGGAAUGUCCAAUCUAAAAUGUUGACCUCACUCAUUCCUGCUCUCCAAAGUUCUCUAGGCUCAACAAACACUUUCACCAGAAUUUCAAAAGCUGUUUUGAGCCCAGGUGAUGAACGUGUCCUGAGCCAUACGGUAUACCUGGCUGUAGGUCACAACAGGCCACUAAUUCCAUUGUUAAUCUGCUUGAGGAGAAAGACAAUUUGGCCGGUUUAUCAAAUUGAACUUAUUUGAGCACUUCUUGUUAGCUCUUAUAGCUUUUCUGUGUUGUUAGAUAUAUUAUAUUAUACAAUUUCAAAGGGUGUAAAAAUGUUU